AUGGGGUUACAGUCUCGCAAACAAAUUCUGCAGAAUGAUGAUUAUACAGAUCAAAGUAUGGAUUUACUUUACCCUGGCAGCAUACCUCUGGGACUCCCGAGAAACCCAGAGGUGGCUCAAGAGGCCCCUGCACAGGGUGAACUUUCUCAGUUCAAUAUAAAAGAUGAAACUCGAAAUCCAGAGACCCCUGAGGAGAUCUCAUCCUCUUUACUCCAUCAAGAAACCGUAGAAGAGUACCCUGAGGAAGAAGAACCUUCUUUAACUGAGCAGCAGGCCCCAGCUCCGGCUCCACAGCCUUUUGAGCAGAGUAUACCUCAAACUCCACUUAAUCAUGAGGUGACAGUUCAACCUCCAGGUGAGGAUCAACCUCAUCUUUAUUACUUGCCCAGUGUUACAGCUAAACCUCCAGAUAUGGAGGUUACCAUAACUUCAGAGCCCACCAAGGAGGCUGAAUCUUCUUCAAUCCAGCAGGAGACCCCAACUCAGCCUCCAGAGCAUCCUGAGGAGGUGAAACCUUCUGCCACCCAGGAGGAGACCCCAACUGAGUCUCCAGGCUUUCCUGCAGAGGCUGGACCUCCUCCCAGUGAGGAAGAGCAGCCACCUCAGACUUUUGUGUCUCCAGAGGAGACUGAACCUUCUCAAAUACAGCAGGAGGCCACAGCUCAAACUCCAGAGUACCCUAUGGAGAGUAUAACUCAAACUCCAUCAAAUGAGGUGACAGGUAAACCUCCAGAUGUGGAGGUUACCAUAACUUCAGAGCCUGUGACAGAGGCUGAAUCUUCUUCAGCCCGGCAGGGGACUCUAACUCAGCCUCCAGAGAAUCCUGAGGAGGUGAAACCUUCUGCCAUCCAGGAGGAGACCCCAAUUGAGUCUCCAAGCUUUCCUGGGGAGGCUGAGCCUUCCCCCAGUGAGCAGGAGCAGCCACCUCAGCCUUUUGUGUCUCCUGGGGAGACUGAACCUUCUCAAAUCCAGCAGGAAGCCACAGCUCAAGCUCCUGAGUCCCCCAUGGAGUCCCCCAUGGAGAAUAUAGCUCAAACUGCACCUAAUCAUGAGGUGACAGAGUCCCCCAUGGAGAAUAUGGCUCAGACUCCAUCAAAUCAUGAGGUGACAGUUCAACCUCCAGGUGAGGAUCAACCUCAUCUUUAUCACUUGCCCAAUGUUACAGUUAAACCUCCAGAUGUGGAGGUUACCAUAACUUCAGAGCCUACCAAAGAGGCUGAAUCUUCUUCAACCCAGCAGGAGACCCCAACUCAGCCUCCAGAGCAUCCUGAGGAGGUGAAACCUUCUGCCACCCAGGAGGGGACCUCAACUGAGUCUCCGGGCUUUCCUACAGAGGCUGGUCCUCCCGCCAGUGAGCAGGAGCAGACACCUCAGCCUUUUGUGUCUCCUGCAGAGACUGAACCUUCUAGUAUCCAGCAGGAGGUCACAGCUCAAGCUCCAGAAUCCCCUAUGGAGAUUAUAGCUCAAACUCCACCUAAUCAUGAGGUGACUGGUAAACCUCCAGAUUUGGAGGUUACCAUAACUUCAGAGCCUACCAGUGUGGCUGAAUCUUCUACAGCCCAGCAGGAGAUCCCAACUCCACCUCCUCAGCCUUAUGUGUUUCCUGGGGGGACUGAACUUUCUCAAACCCAUCAGGAGGCCACAACUCAAGCUCCAGAGACCACCAUGGAGAAUGUAGCUCAAACUCCACCUAAUCAUGAGGUGACAGUUCAACCUCCAGGUGGGGAUCGAUCUCAUCACUAUUACUUUCCCAAUGUUACAGUUAAACCUCCAGAUGUGGAGGUUACCAUAACUUCAGAGCCUACCAAAGAAGCUGAAUCUUCUUCAACCCAGAAGGAGACCCCAACUCAGCCUCCAGAGCAUCCUGAGGAGGUGAAACCUUCUGCCGCCCAGGAAGAGACCUCAGCUGAGUCUCCAGGCUUUCUUGGGGAGGCUGCACCUUCCCUCAGUGAGCAGGAGCAGCCACCUCAGCCUUUUGUGUCUCCUGGGGAGCUCGAACCUUCUCAAAUCCAGCAGGCGGCCACAGCUCAAACUCCAGAGUCCCCUAUGGAAAGUAUAAGUCAAACUCCACCAAAUCAUGAGGUGACAGAUCUGUCUACAAUUUUCAGAAGUCAUUCAACAUUGCCUACCACCACAGUUAAACAUGUGGAUUUGGAGCUUACCAUAUCUACAGAGCCCACUUCGAAGGAUCCCCCUGAAGUGUUUGAAUCUUCUCUAGUCCAGCAAGAGGCUGUGGCUCAGACUCCAGAUCCCCCUAAGGAGCUAGAACUGUCUUCAGUCCACCAGGAGGCCCCAGCUGAGCCACUAGAGCCCCUUAAGGAGGUUGGACCAUCUGGGAGCCAUCAGGAAGCCCUAGGUCGUCCUCCAAAGUCCACUGAAGAGGUCAGACCUUUUCCAACAGAGCCGGAGUCUCCAGCUCAGCCUCCAGAGCUCCCUAAGGAGGUUAUGGCUCAACCUCCAAUGAAUUAUGAAAUGAUAGUUCCAACACCAGGUCUAGAUCAAGCUCACUAUCCAGCAUUGCCCAGGGUCACACUUCAACCUUUGGACAUGGGGAUUACCAUAACUCCAGAAGUCACUACAGGGGUUGAACAUUCUUCAUUCAUACAAGAGACACCACCUCAAUCUCCAGAGCUACCUAAGGAAGUUGUAGCUCAACCCCAACUAUAUCAGGAGGUGACGGUCAUAACACCAGGUCAGGAUCAAGCUCACUAUCCAGCAUUGCCCAGUGUCCCACUUCAACCUGCAGAUAUGGGGCUUACUGUAACUCCAGAACCUACUACAGAGGUUGAACAUUCUUCAAUCAUGCAGGAGACCCCACCUCAACCUCCAGAGCUACCUAAGGAAGUUGUUGUAGGUCAACCCCAAUUAUAUCAGGAGGUGACAGUUAUAACACCAGGUCAGGAUCAAGCUCACUAUCCAGCAUUACCCAGUGUCCCACUUCAACCUGUAGACAUGGGGCUUACUGUAACUCCAGAACCUACUACAGAGGUUGAAAAUUCUUCAUUCAUACAGGAGACCCCACCUCAACCUCCAGAGCCAUCUAAAGAAAUCAUUGUAGGUCAACCCCAAAUAUAUCAGGAGGUGACAAUUAUAACACCAGGUUCAGGUUCAGAAUACAAAAGCGACUGA